AUGUUCAAGGGCAAACCAAUACUCGCUGGUAAUAGCGAUCUCAACCAAGCACAGCUCAUUUUCGGUCUUGUGGGCACACCAACGGAAGAAAACAUGCCAGGUUGGAGCUCCCUCCCUGGCUGUGAAGGUGUGAAAAGCUUUGGCAACAGGCCUGGCAACCUCCCGGACGUCUUCAAAGACUUGAGCCCUACCGCCAUUUCUCUACUCACAGAGCUCUUGAAGCUUGAUUGGCGCAAAAGAAUAAAUGCGAUAGAUGCGUUAAAACAUCCGUACUUCUCGACACCACCGCUCCCCGCGCGUCCUGAAGACCUUCCAUCUUUCGAAGAUUCACAUGAACUCGAUAGGCGGAGGUUCCGCGGGCAGCGAGCUGCUUUGCCCCCGGCACCCGCUGGAGGUUCCGUGGGCAUGGGCCGUAACGGGGGAUGGUCAACUAAUUCCGGAAAUAGGACAGGCGCCGAGCCUAGAAAUGCUCGCGUGCCUAGCGCUGCGCGCGGGACCAAGCCGAGUGCUAAUGGAAAUCAAGGCAAUCCACAGCGCCGUCCCGUUGAUAGCUGGAAUAGCGAAUCCCAACCGGGCCGGCUAAGAAGAGCGGGUGAAGAGACAAACCAAGGACUUCCAUCUCGACAUAAAGACGGCGGUUUACCGCCCAAACCUCCCGCCCCAGCACACCAGUCAUGGACGGCAAGCCACCCCGACAAGGGCGGACGAGAUCGGGCGUAUGGUGGUAGUCGCUAUGGGCCUUCUGAUGCAAAUGUUGAUUCAUAUGUUCCGAGUUACGGCGGCGGUGGACGAAGUCGUGAGAGGGACCAUGGCCCUAUUAAUUCUGAGUGGCGUGGUGGCCCUUACCAUGACCAUCCGUACCCUGAUUACCCACGAGAUAAUCCACCCAGGAGACGAAGCCGGAGUCCGUUGUAUAGAGAACGACAAGAGAGACACCAAUAUCGCCGGUGA